AUGACAGGUCUGUGUCAAUUUUGCCAUGAGACGGAGGUAUGCAAUGACAACGACCAAGCAUCUACAUGUGUUGAAUGUGCUUCAUUGAAUCGUCACGAAGUGUUUCAAAAAAAUUGGACAAAUUUACGUGAAUCCAAAGAAUUGGGUUUCCUUAAAUUACGAGAAAAAUGUGAAAAAAUGUUUCCUUUCGUAAUUAAAUACGAGUUCACUUAUACACCCAUUCACUUUUUGGAUGAAAUACAACAUAAAAAAGAUGAAUCAGCUGAAUCUUUCUUACAAACGUAUUGUCUCGAAAUAUUUCGAGAUGUGGUACCUGUUAAAGUAGUAAACGAUGGUGAUUCAUUCUACAAUAGCAUUGCAUGUCUCGGUGAUCUGAACGGUGAUUUCGUGCUCGAACUGCGUAUACGGAAUGUUAUCGAAUUGGUAUUGAAAGCAAAUGUUUACAAGUAUAAUUAUAAGGCUUUUGUUCCAGUCGUAGACCAAUCAUUGGAAGAAUAUGUACUGAAUGAUAUGCUCCAAAAUCAACGGUUUUCAAAGAUCUAUGAUUUUAUGAGUAUGCCAUCAGUACUGAAAAUUAAUAUAAAAUCAAUCUAUCCAAGUGUGAAUGGACUAGUUGACCAGCAAGCAAAAAUGUUAUCAAAUCAAACGUUUGUGCCAUAUGGCGGAGCGGACGGACAGUGA